UUUUUUUUUAAUAAGCCAGAUAACUUUUUAAAUACUUUGGUCCUUGAGAAACAGCGAGAAGAUGUACAUCAAGUCAAUUGUUCUUGACGGGUUUAAAUCCUAUGCUCAGAGGACAGAAAUUCGUGACUUUGACCCAUUUUUCAAUGCCAUUACUGGCUUGAAUGGUAGCGGCAAGUCCAAUAUCUUGGACUCAAUCUGUUUCCUGUUGGGAAUCAGCAGCAUGUCACAGGUGCGAGCUUCGAACUUGCAAGACCUAGUUUAUAAAAAUGGGCAAGCUGGAGUUACUAAAGCAACUGUGUCUAUUACCUUUGAUAAUUCUGACAAGAAAGCAAGUCCACUAGGAUUUGAAAGUAGUGAUGAGAUCUCCGUGUCUAGGCAGGUCCUCAUUGGAGGUAGAAAUAAGUAUCUUAUCAAUGGUGUGAAUGUUACCAGCGCUCGCGUGCAGGAUCUUUUUUGUUCCAUUGGGCUCAACAUCAAUAGCCCUCACUUCCUCAUUAUGCAGGGACAAAUUACCAAAGUUCUAAAUAUGAAGCCACCAGAGAUUUUAGCUAUGAUUGAAGAAGCAGCUGGUACAAGUUUGUAUGAAAGCAAGAAAUUAACUGUCCAGAAAACCAUAGUGAAGAAAGAAGCCAAACUGAAAGAAAUUAAUAGGGCCUUAGAUGAGACUAUCACUCCAACGUUACAUAAACUGAGAGAGGAUCGAUCAGCCUAUCUAGAAUACCAAAAACUAACAGGCACAGUAGAAAAUUUAAGCCGCCUCAGUAUAGCUUAUGAGUUUACACUGGCUAAAGAGGCACAGAUAUCCUCUGCUGAGGUAUUAAAGAAAAUACAGACUGCUGUGAAGGAGCUUCAAGAAUCAAUGGCUGAAAAUGAAAAGAAGCAGAAAGAAUUUGGUGAAGAAAUAGCGAAGAUGAAAAAAGAAAGGGAUAAUAAUGAAGUUGGUGGUGUGCUCCGUUCACUGGAAGAGGCUUUUGCAGAAAUCCAGAGAGUUAAUACUAAGGCAGAAAGUGCUCUUAAUCUCAAGAAGCAAAACUUAAAAAGUGAAGAGGUUAAACGUAAAGAACUGGUAAAAAAUAUGGAGGAGGAUUUUAAAGCACUUGUGUUAAAGGAGGAGGAAGUAAAGAAGAGAAAGAAAGAACUAAAUGCUUUACAGGAAGCAAGUGAAAAAGAUGCAAGUGCUUUAGCUGCAGCACAACUUAAUGCUGUGUCUGCUAGCUUAUCCAGCAGUGGUGAUGGGGAAGAAGGUACUCUUUCUAAGCAGAUGAUGACCUGCAAAAUUGAAAUUAGCCAAGCAGCAACAGAAGCCAAACAGGUUCAAAUGAAGCUGAGCUAUGCACAACAAGAAUUAAAGACAAAAGAAUCUGAAGUUAAAAACAUGGAUGAAGAGUACAAGAAAGAUAAAGAAGCAUUUGAAGCUGUCAGAAAAACAAAAGAAAAAAUAGAGAACCAAACAAAGAACUUGAACUAUGACGAACAGAAAGAAGCAGCCUUUUUAGCAAAAAAGAAGACAUUGACCAAUGACAUCAUCCACCUGAAAGAGUUGCAUGAAGGCUUCAUGGCAAAGUUUCCUCUUCUACGGUUUGAAUACAGUGAUCCAGAAAAAAAUUGGAAUCCCAACCAUGUGAAAGGCCUAGUUGUCUCUUCUAUCACAGUGGAAGAUCUGUCCAAAGCAAAAGCCCUAGAAGCAGUGGCUGGUGGGAAACUCUAUAACAUUAUUGUGGACACAGAGGUUACUGGUGAAAAGCUUUUGAAAAAGGGUGAACUAAAGCAUCGGUGCACCAUCAUUCCCCUAAACAAAAUUUUGGCCAGGUGUAUUAGUCAAGAGAAGAUCAAGUUGGCCCAAACCUUGGUUGGUUGUGAUAACUUGGAUUUACCCCUUUCUCUAAUUCAAUAUGAAUCUGAACUGCAGAAAGCAAUGGAAUAUGUCUUUGGAACCACACUGAUCUGUAAUGACAUGGAUAGUGCUAAGAAAAUUACCUUUGACAAAAGGAUAAUGACAAGAACUGUUACACUUGAUGGAGAUAUAUUUGACCCCCAAGGCACUCUGCAUGGAGGUGCGAGCUCACAGGCUGCAUCAGUGUUGGCUGAGCUUCAGGAAAUUAAAGCUGUUGAAACAGAACUUGAAACUAAGAAAUCUGAACUUCGCUCUGUAGAGGAUGAGCUGGAACGUUUGAAGAAUGUUGCUGAUAAGUACCAACAACUGAAGCAGCAGUGGGAGAUGAACUGUGAGCAAGUAGAGCUGUUGGAAAUGAAGCUUCAGCAAAGUGCUUAUCAUAAACAUGAGGAAGAGCUGCUUGCCCUGAAGAAAACCAUUGCGGAGUGUGAAGAGACAUUAAAGAAAAUUGAAGAGAGACAUCAGGAAGCAAAAAAUAAAUACAGUCUACUGGAAAAUAAAAUGAAAAAUGCAGAAUCAGAAUGUAAAAAAGCACUGAAAAAUGCCAAGAUGCAGCUGGAUGAUGCCAAGAAAAAAGCGGAGGAUUCAGGCCAAAAAAUGAGAGAAAAGCAGCAGGAGCUUGAAGCUUUACUUCUGGAACUUAAAGAGCUAGAAAAAGAACAUACCUCCUAUAAACAUCAGAUAGAGGCUGCAAAUAAUGCAAUCAAACACUACCAGGAGCAAGUUAAUGCUAUGGAAGCUGAGGUGUCUAAGACAAAGGAAUCUGUAGAGAAAUCAAAGGAGGAGCUGGCCAAGAAAAAGGAACUAAUUAUGUUACAGGAUAAAGAAUUUAAAGCCAAAUCUGCAGAGAUAGCAAAAUGCAGAGAACAAAAUAAUGAAUUGCAGCUUAAAAUUAAAGAAUUAGAACACAACAUCAAGAAACAUCAACAAGGGGCUGCUGAUGCUGCUGCCACGGUGACCAGGAUGCUGAAAGAGCAUAAGUGGAUAGCUUCAGAGAAACAUCUUUUUGGUCAGCCAAACACAGCCUAUGAUUUCAAAGAAAACAAUCCUAAACAAGCACAUCAGAAGCUGCAAAAAAUGCAGGAGACAAAACAGAAAUUGGAGAGGAAUGUGAACAUGAGAGCUAUGUCUAUGCUUUCUGAUACAGAAGAAAAGUACCAUGAAUUAUUGAGGAAAAAAUGUAUUGUGGAGAAUGACAAGAUAAAAAUUCUUUCAGCUAUCGCAGAACUUGACGAGAGGAAAAUUAAAACUUUAUAUAUGGCGUGGGAAAAGGUGAAUAAAGACUUCAGUUCAAUUUUCUCAUUGCUUCUACCGGGAGCCAAAGCUAUGCUAACACCCACCAAAACCCAGAAUGUCUUGGAUGGUCUGGAAUUCAGAGUCGCCUUAGGAAAUACCUGGAAGGAAAACUUAACAGAACUUAGUGGAGGACAAAGAUCAUUGGUGGCCUUGUCCUUGAUAUUAUCUAUGCUUCUCUUCAACCCUGCCCCGAUCUACAUCUUGGAUGAAGUGGAUGCAGCUCUUGAUCUCUCUCAUACUCAAAAUAUUGGGCAGAUGCUUUAUACUCAUUUCAAACAGUCACAGUUUAUUGUGGUGUCCUUGAAGGAUGGAAUGUUUAGCAAUGCAAAUGUGCUCUUCAAGACCAAGUUUGUGGAUGGUGUAUCCACCGUUUCAAGACAUACAUAGUUCCAGAAUAAACGGCUGCACUGA